AUAUCUGAUAAAUGCUACAUGCCCAUGACAGAAGUUUUGCAAGGUAGUGGUGGCAAUAGUCAGCCUGAUGAACAUGCUGUUAAACAGCACAUAGAUCUGCAUGAUGAAAGACCAGAUUCAGAAGAGGAUUCAGAUGGGGAUAAUAAAACUCAUGUUGAGGAGAACAUUGAAGGAGACAUUACAAAACUUACAGGGAGGCAGAAAAAAUUGUUUGAGUUAAGACUUAAGAUGAAUGAGGCAAGAAAAGCCAAUCAAACAGCAAUGGUAGCAGAAAAGAAAAGGAUGGAAGCUCCACCAGAGUCUAGAGGCAUUUCCAAACAGAAAUGGCUGGAGGAGAGGAAGAAAAAAAUAGGCAAACUUCUAGAUGCCAAUGGUUUGGAUAUGUCAAAAGCAUACAUGCUAGAUACACAGGAGGCAGCAGAGGAGAAAUAUAAAAAGUGGGAAAAGGAUCCUGCUCCAUUUGGCUGGGAUGUCUUUAAUCAGAAGACACUUUACAAUGCAUAUAAGAAGCGUACAAAGAAUAUUGAGGUUGAUGUAGAAGAGUAUAACAAAAUGAAAGAGGCUGAUCCUGAGUUCUACAGGGAAGCGUCGAGCCUCCAGUAUGGAAAGGCACCAAAAAUUUCGGAGGAUAAGAUUGACAAGAUGGUGAAAGAGCUCAAAGACCGAGAUGAGAAGCGUAAAUCAUUUAGCAGGAGAAGAAAGUUCCAUGAAGAGAAGGACAUUGACUCAAUUAAUGACCGCAAUGAGCAUUUCAACAAGAAGAUUGAACGAGCUUUUGGUAGAUACACGCUGGAGAUCAAAAACAAUCUUGAGCGAGGAACUGCAUUGCCUGAUUAGUUGUAUAUUUUAUAGAAAUCCUCAACGCAUGGAGCUUUGGUAUAUGCUGUGAGCAUCUCUCUCUCUCCUUGGGGACCAUCAUAGCAUAGCAGAGUUCUUCUCGCCUGGAGAAAAUGCCAUCAUGUUAGCAAGCCGAAGAAACUCUUAUUAAAGGUGGCUGGCUAUAUACAGUUGUCUGGAUCCUACUUAUUAUCAAGUUUGGGGUUAUAUUAUAGCUGUCAUUUGGUCAAAAAGGAGGGUGUUGCAGUCGAUGUGUGAUGUUUUUCAUUUUCUCGGAAAGGAAAACAACAGUGUGGAAACUUUUGAGAAAUCUAUCUAACAAGAGGGCAUAUUUUACAGACUCAA